CAGGGGGCGGGGGCUGGGGACUCGGCCAGCGCCAGGGCCAGAACGGAGCGCGCCGGCCUCGUGGCUUGGUUUCUAUCAAAGCAGAAGAAAUAGAGGUGAACUAUAAAGUGAGAACCAGUUUCCUCUGUACUCUGAAAUCUAGGAGAAAAAACUCACCCAAGGACAGAUCAGGUGCUGUUUUUCAACCCUAAACUUUUGACCAAGAAUGAAACUCUUUAAAAAUUAAGAUGCCAACAGAUCACGAAGAGCCCUGUGGUCCCAGUCACAGGUCAUUUUGCCUGAAUGGAGGGAUUUGUUAUGUGAUACCUACUAUUCCCAGCCCCUUUUGUAGAUGCAUCGAAAAUUACACAGGAGCUCGUUGUGAAGAGGUUUUUCUCCCAAGUUCCAGCAUCCAAACUGAAAGUGACCUGUUCACAACUUUUGCAGCAUUGGCUGUUCUUCUGGGGACUCUCAUCAUUGGAGUCCUCUACUUCCUUUGCAGGAAGGGCCACCUUCAGAGGGCCAGUUCAGUCCAGUAUGAUAUCAGCCUGGUAGAGACAAGCAGUACCAGUGCCCACCACAGUCAUGCAGAACAUUGAAGACAUACCAUAGUGAACUCAAAAUCAUUGCUUCUUUGUUACAAAGGCAGAAAAUGAAGCACCAUACGGUAAAAGAAUCAAAUGAGUUAAUCCUUCUUUGUCCUCUAAAUAAAAGACUGAAAGUUAUUAUAACCUGA